CUUCAGUUUGACAGGAAGUUAAAUAAAUCAAAUCGGUUAACCUAUAAUUAUUUGUUUACCUCAAUAUUCAAAAAGAUUCUUAUUUCUUGAAAACCACUCAUUCCACUAGUAUUAUGACCCUUAAAAAUGCCGAUAAAUCAGAGCCAAUGGAAAUCGAAUUCUCGGAAGAUGAUCUUCCCUACGAGGAAGAAAUCCUCAGAAACCCCUAUUCGGUGAAACAUUGGCUACGUUACAUCGAACACAAGAAAAAUGCUCCAAAACGUGGGGUUAAUAUCAUCUACGAAAGAUCUCUAAAAGAACUACCAGGCUCAUAUAAACUAUGGUACGGCUACCUCAGAACAAGGCGACAACAAAUAAAAAAUCGUUGCAUUACAGAUACUGGUUAUGAAGAGGUAAAUAAUACUUUUGAGAGAGCUUUGGUUUUUAUGCACAAAAUGCCUAGAAUAUGGAUGGACUACUGCACUUUUCUGACUAAUCAAUAUAAGAUAACAAGAACUAGAAAGGUGUUUGACAGGGCUUUGCGUGCCUUGCCUAUCACACAACAUAAUAGGAUUUGGCCGUUGUAUUUAGGUUUUGUGAAGAAACAUAAUAUUCAGGAGACUGCUGUAAGGGUUUUUAGAAGGUACUUGAAAUUAUGCCCUGAGAAUGCAGAACAGUAUGUGGAGUAUCUUACAGAUCAAGAUAGAUUGGAUGAGGCUUCAGUUGUUCUUGCUAGAAUCGUAAAUGAUGAGAACUUUGUUUCUCAAUAUGGUAAAUCAAAACAUCAACUCUGGAAUGAACUAUGCGAUCUGAUUUCAAAAAACCCAGGAAAAAUCAAAUCACUGAAUGUUGAUGCAAUUAUUAGAGGUGGGCUUAGAAGGUAUACUGAUCAGCUAGGUCACUUAUGGAAUUCUCUAGCAAACUACUAUGUCAGAAGUGGACUUUUCGAAAGAGCUCGUGACAUUUAUGAAGAAGCAAUACAAACGGUGACUACAGUAAGAGAUUUUACUCAAGUUUUCGAUGCGUAUGCUCAAUUCGAAGAGCUAAGUUUGAGUAAAAGAAUGGAAGAAGUGUCUAACAUAGCAAAUCCUACUGAAGAAGAUGAUAUUGACAUUGAGUUGAGGCUAGCUAGGUUUGAGCAUCUGAUGGAGAGGAGGCUUUUACUUUUGAAUUCAGUUCUUUUGAGGCAGAAUCCACAUAACGUCCAAGAGUGGCAUAAGAGAGUACAACUGUAUGAAGUGAUUUUAGGUAAACCUCACGAGAUUAUAAACACAUACACGGAAGCUGUACAAACUGUAGAUCCCAAACUAGCUGUAGGAAAAUUGCAUACCCUAUGGGUGGAUUUCGCGAAAUUUUAUGAGAAGAACGGUCAAGUUGAUGAUGCCAGACUCAUUUUUGAGAAAGCAACUCAAGUUCCAUAUGUAAAGGUGGAUGAUUUGGCGACGGUUUGGUGUGAAUGGGCAGAGAUGGAAAUUCGGAAUGAAAACUACGAAGAGGCAAUCAAACUGAUGCACAGAGCUACGACCAUUCCAGCAAAGAAAGCGCACUAUCAUGACGAUUCCGAAACAGUACAAAAUAGGUUAUACAAAUCUCUAAAGGUCUGGUCCAUGUACGCAGACUUGGAAGAGAGUUUCGGCACUUUCAAAUCCUGCAAAGCGAUUUACGAUCGGAUAAUCGACCUCAAAAUUGCCACUCCUCAAAUUAUCAUCAAUUACGGCGUAUUCUUGGAGGAGAACAGAUACUUUGAGGAAGCGUUCAGGGCAUACGAAAAAGGGAUAUCUCUGUUCAAAUGGCCGAAUGUCUACGAUAUUUGGAAUACGUAUCUUACGAAGUUUCUCAAGAGAUACGGUGGCACUAAAUUGGAGAGGGCUAGGGAUCUAUUUGAACAGUGUUUAGAUGGUUGUCCGCCGCAGUUUGCCAAAACUAUAUAUUUGCUAUACGCCAAGUUAGAAGAAGAAUAUGGAAUGGCAAGACAUGCUAUGGCGGUUUAUGAAAGGGCUACAAAAGCAGUUCCAGAUAAUGAAAUGUUUGAGGUAUUCAAUGUGUAUGUGAAAAAGGCGGCCGAGAUAUAUGGCGUGCCUAAAACAAGACAGAUCUAUGAAAAGGCAAUAGAGGUUCUGCCAGAAGAGCAAGCUAGAGAAAUGUGCAUAAGGUUCGCGGAUAUGGAAACCAAGCUAGGUGAAAUCGAUCGAGCUCGGGCGAUAUAUGCACAUUGCAGUCAAAUUUGCGAUCCUAGAGUCACUCCAGAAUUCUGGCAGACAUGGAAAGAAUUCGAAGUUAGAAAUGGUAAUGAAGAUACAAUGAGAGAAAUGUUAAGAAUCAAGAGAAGUGUUCAAGCUGUUUACAAUACACAGGUGAACAUGAUGUCGGCGCAAAUGCUGAGCAGCGCAGGCUCGUCCGCAGGCACAGUGGCUGACCUGGCUCCAGGUGCCAAAGACGGCAUGAGGCUUCUGGAAGCCAAGGCUGCCGAAAUGGCUACGACAUCAGCGGCGGCUGCGGGAGGCAGCAAGGGCAUCGCCUUCGUCAGGGGCGAGACGCAGGGAGAUAAGAAGGCCAGGGUGGUGAAUCCGGACGAGAUUGAUAUUGGGGAUGACGACGAAGAUGAUGAUGAAGAUGCGGAAGGCGAGGGAGAGGUGGAUGUGCCCAUUGAAAAACAGACAGUACCAGCUGAAGUGUUUGGCAGUUUGAAGAAGCAACACGAAGAGGAUGACUGAAAUAUUUUUGAGGAAAAAGGAAAUGAAUAAAAAAGUGUCGAAUUCAUGAUUAUAUUUCUGGCUCUAUCGAGUGCUGGCUUAAUAGUGAUGAUUUACAUUUUACAAAACUUUGGUACAGACGAAAGUGAUCUUGGUAUAAUUUCUUACGUUACAUUGUAAUAUAGGAUUCUAUCAAUUAAUAAAAUAUAAGAAUUAAAAAA